AUGGGGACCAAGCCCAAGGCCUUGUUGCUGGGCAAGCUUGACCACGCUCAGGAGACGUGGAACGGCCUCUCCCCGAUCGCCGAGCUGGUCACCUCGCGCGCCCGCAGCCGGGCCGAGUUCAUCGACGAGUGCAUUCGCGGCGCGCACGACGGGGUGGUGGCGAUCUGCGACCGCGCGCCGUCCAGCUUCGCCGCCACGGGGCGGUAUGACGCGGAGCUGAUCGCGGCGCUGCCCAGCACCGUCCGCUUCAUCUGCCACAACGGCGCGGGCUACGACAGCAUCGACGUCCCCGCCUGCACGGCGCGCGGCAUCCUCGUGUCCCAUUGCCCUAAGGUCGUCGACGACGCCACCGCCGACACGGCCAUGUUCCUCAUCCUCGCCGCCCUGCGCGGCUUCAACAACGGCAUCCUCGCCAUCCGCGCCGGAGUAUGGAAGUCCCCCGUCCCGCCCCCGCCGCUCGGCCACGACCCGCAGGGCAAGACCCUGGGCAUCCUGGGCCUAGGCGGCAUCGGCCGCAAUCUCAAGCGCAAGGCCGAGGUCUUUGGCAUGAAGAUCCUCUACCACAACCGGACCAAGCCGGGCGAUGAAACGAUGGCCGAUGGCGCCGAGUAUGUCGGCUUCGACGACCUACUCGCUCGCAGCGACGUGUUGAGUCUGAAUCUUCCCCUGAAUCCAAAGACACGAAACAUCAUCUCGACCAACGAGUUCAACAAGAUGAAGAAAGGUAUCAUCAUCGUCAACACCGCGAGAGGUGGCGUCAUGGACGAAGAGGCACUGGUCGAGGCGAUCAAUUCCGGCCGCGUCCUCUCGGUCGGGUUGGACGUGUACCAACAGGAGCCCAACAUCCAUCCGGGGCUGGUGUCCAACCCGCAUGUCUGCCUGCUCCCCCACAUGGGCACAUCCACCGUCGAGACCAAGACAAAGAUGGAAGAAUGCACGAUUGGCAAUGUGCGGGCGGCGCUGGAGAAAGGGACUCUGAACACCGUGGUCCCCGAACAGGCGCACCUGGCUGCCAAUCUAUGA